UGCCGGCUUUGCAGAUGACGACUGGUGUUUGUACGAUGCAUAAGGGAGAGACGCCAAGGUGAAACCGUGCGGUGAGGACUACGGCGCCGACCCAAGCGAGUGUUACUACUUCGUAAAGGGAAGCAGCGACCAAGGUCUUAUUCCCAAUACCCCGAGGCCACAUAACCGUACCAAAGCUUACUGUUGCUCGACUCCCACCUGCUCCGCCUCAGAGCCAUCGCCACAGUGGCAGCUCGUAUUCAAGGGAGUAGCGGGCAAACGAGGGUCAAACCGUAGCCUCUAUGAAAUGUGGAUGGACCCUCACUGGGACUCAACCGUAGACGCUGAAGGCAUCUUCAGGAAUAGUUCCAUUUACGAGACCUGGGUCCGUCGGAACGGCCAAAUAAAGUUGGUGAAGCUUUCCCUUUUCCGCGUCGAUGAAGAAAAUCCAGUAGCUCAGUUAAUCUUCAGUGGGAAAAAAUCUAACAUCACUGACUGGUUCAGCAAACACCGACUACUUUCUUCUCCUUGGUUCAAAAUCGAUCCACCGGGUAGCCUCGCUAGCGUCUUUACUAUAAGCGGCAACCAGAUGUGGCCAGGACGAAGAUUUCUUAUCAACAAAUCUUCUGCCAAGUGCUCAGAUGACAUAGGGUGGCUCCUCGCUGCAGGUCAGGAGCCUGCCUGUGAUUGGAUAAAACCGUUCACCAUCUUGUACAGCAACACUACGAAGCCUGUUACUUGGAGUGAGGUGUCAGCAUCAGGUAGACGUGUUGGAACGGCCGACUUCAUGACCAUCCAGGUGAUAACUGAGUGAGAAGAUUUCGGUCACAA